AUGUCGGAAAAGUCUGGCGCCAAAACCAACGAGUUUGCUUGGACGAAGCAAGAGUCUCAAAAUGCGGCCAUGAAAGCAGAGGCAGCAGCACCAGGACUCGCAAAGCCAGCGGCGCCUGGACUGACGUCGGUUUGGAGUGGAUGCUGUCCUCGACAAAGGGGCGGUGGCUGGAGCACAGCCUACUUGGAGUUGCAAAAGUCUCUCAUUCAGCAAGGAAAGCAAUCUUAA